GCGAUUUGAAGCAUUAAAGCAAGUAGGAAAGAGCCCCACUUGUGAAUUGCUUUAUGACUGGGGUACCUUGAACUGUACUGUCAGUGACCUGGUGGACCUGCUCAUCAGAAAUCAGUUUCUAACACCAGCCAGCCUGCUGCUCCCAGAUUCUGUAUUGGUGGAAGAAAAAAGUACAGUGGCCCUACCUUUACAAAACACUAUGUGUUUAAAUGAAAAAGAAAUCCCCAGACAGGAAAAUCAAAUACCACCUCCUGUAUUGGCUCUUUCGGCUCCAGAUAAUGUGCUACCAACUUCAAUUUCUUGUGGUCUGAGUACAGAGGAGAGUGGCCUGCAUGUUCACGAUACAGGAUUGCAGAGUUUUUCAUUUCAUGACCUGAGAAGCCUUACAAAUAAUUUUGACGAUCGGACUGUGUCAGCUGGUGGUAAUAAGCUUGGAGAAGGAGGCUUUGGAGUAGUGUACAAAGGAUUUAUCAGUGGCAGACCAGUGGCAGUGAAAAGACUUACAGCUCUGGCUGAUGUAAAUGUCGAAGACCUGAAAAAGCAGUUUGACCAGGAAAUAGGAAUAAUGGCAAAGUGUCAACAUGAGAAUCUGGUAGAACUGCUUGGUUUCUCAAAUGACUUUGAUCAGCCUUGUCUCGUGUAUGAUUACAUGCCUAACGGCUCAUUGCUUGACAGACUGGCUUGUCUGGAUAAUACUGCUCCAAUUCCAUGGGGAAGAAGAUGUAAUAUUGCUCAAGGUGCCUCAAAUGGAAUCUGCUUUUUACAUGAAAAUAACCACAUUCACCGAGACAUUAAAAGUGCAAAUAUCUUACUGACAGAGACAUUUGUGCCCAAACUGUCUGAUUUUGGACUUGCAAGGGCAUCAGUAAAAUUCACACAUACCAUCUUAACAGAGAGAAUAGUGGGAACAGCAGCCUAUAUGGCCCCAGAGGCUUUGCGUGGGGAGAUAACCCCUAAAUCGGAUGUCUUCAGUUUUGGUGUGGUAUUACUUGAAAUCAUAACUGGGCUUACUCCUGUGGAUGAAAAUCGGGAACCACAAUUACUACUUUCUAUCAAAGAGGAAAUUGAAGAUGAAGAAAAGACUAUUGAAGAUUAUGUUGAUGAAAAAAUGAGCGGCUGGAAUAUCACAUCAAUUGAACAGAUGUACUCAAUUGCUUGCCAGUGUCUGAAUGAAAAGAAGAACCGGAGGCCAGAUAUUGUGAAGGUCAAACAACAUUUGCAGGAAAUGCUGAUUGAAUAGAGUCUCUUCUCUAACUUGUCUUCCUGUCUAAAUGAACUUCUAACAUUCCCAAUUUUGUACAUCUGUGUCCUUAUGGGGCUGUACAUUGAUGGCUGUCAUUUGCCCUCUUGCCUAGAACGUAGAAGGAAUUACCUUAAAGCUGUAUUUCUAUAUUCUUGUCAGAGAAAGGUGGGCAAUUUAUGGCCUUUUAAAUGAUGUUGGAUUGCAUUUCCACUAUCUCUUCUCUUUUGCUGUGCUGACUGGGCAGAUGGCAGUUACGCCCAGCAGCAUCUGAACGUCCAUGUUGCCCAGCUAAGAUCAAUUGCUGCUGUGGCUUCUUUCAUCCAGCAAAUACUUAUUUUAGUUGCCAUUCCUUCCUGCUGUGAAAUAUUUAAGUAACUAUACAAAGAACUGGGGUCUGAAUUUGCUUGGGUUUUUUUCCUAGCAUGUAGAUUAUAAUAUAGAACUGUGGGCACUGUUUCACAGAUGUGGUGGUGACUAGGAAACGCUUGACGCUGUGUGACAGGCGAGAGGAGUGCAUAGAAGCUCUUGUGGGAGUGUCGUCCACCUGUAAGAUAUCUAAAGAGGUGCAGACCACUCCUCCACCAACCCCUCGAGAAAGCGUACACCAGGGAGUAGACACCCAGGAGCUGGAAGCAAACCUGUGGGGUCUGACUGUGGCGACUCAGGCCGAAGGAGAAUUGGCAGGAAGAGAAGAGCGGGAGAGGUCCGUAGUAGAGGCGGGAAUGGGAGUUAUAAAAAAGGAGCAUGACAGUAUACCAGGGUUUGGGAACUCAUCUGGGUGGAAGACCUGUGGACCGGGAAAUGGGAAAAGAUAAAAGUUCCACGUGAAGAAGCAGAUUAUUGACAGAGAAAGGGGCUUCCCCAGCGGCCGUCAUACUGGGGAGAAUCUGAGGCGAGAGAGUGGAGGAGGAGGUUAAGGGAAGAAAAGGAAGCAGUGGCCCGGGAAGCGGAGGAACGUCGGGCAUGGCGUGUGGAGGAGGCCCGGAGGAUGGCGUACCUCCAGGACCAUGGGGACCCUUCAAGAGAGAGGAGGAGCCGCUCUGGAGAGAGGAUGGAGACGAAGAGACUUUACCAUUAUUAAGAAAUGACGAAGAAGAACAAGCUAUCCCAAGUUAUGACCCGUUCUUACCAGGACCAUGGGAGGUUAAGUCCCUAAACCCCUUUGACUCUGAUCUUUCGUUGCCCUUGCGGUGCCCGUUGACACUGCAAGAGACGUUACAAAAAGAUGCCUUGAAAGAAGUUUUACCAUUGAAUAAUGAAAUAAAUACCAGUUUGGACUUCAGUUUAAA